AGGAAACCAUGUCGACCAGCGCUGCUGCUGCUGCUAAGGCUAGCACAGGGUUGAAAAGCAGUGUACUGGGUGGAUAUCGUCGAUUGCUACGACUGCGCUUGAGAGUCUUUCAGGGAGACCAAUACGCGAUGGACCAAGCACGGCUACAGCUUCGCACCGAGUUCAAUAAGCACCGGCACGUCCAGGACCACCGCGAGCUUGAGGGGCUGGUAGCGGGCAUCCGGGAAGUGGAAGAGAUGUUCAGCGAGAACAUUGUCCAAGGACGUUUGAACGAGGCGGGAAACUACGAGGUGCGCUUGCGCCCCGAGGUGCAUUUGAAAGGCAAAGAGCACGAAAUGGUCACGCACGUGGACGACAGGCUUGUGGGCGACACCGUGGUGGUGGAGAGGAGCAGGGCGCCCAGGGACGGAUCGGCACCCGGAGGAUCCUGUCAAAGUGGGAAGGGGUAGGGUUCGCGAGCAGGACACCGGUAAAAAGGGAACCGGAAAAGAAAGCAAGCUCUCGUGGCAUU